GUGGUUGAAACUGCAGAAUCGUUUGCCCGCCCCAAGUCCCGACAUGCCACGCGCGUGAUUAAAUUGACAACACGACGUCAAAGAUGGCAGAUCCUGCACCCAGCAAGAGUGAGAUUGAGCAGAUUUUUAAAAGAUUGCGAGCUAUCCCGGCUAACAAGUCAUGCUUCGAUUGCAACGCCAAGAACCCGGCAUGGUCCAGUGUUACCUACGGGGUAUUUCUGUGCAUAGAUUGUUCAGCUGUGCACAGAAGUUUGGGUGUACAUUUGACCUUUGUUCGAUCCACUCAACUUGACACUAACUGGACUUGGCUACAAUUAAGGAACAUGCAGCUCGGAGGGAAUGCAAAUGCUAGAAAAUUUUUUGCUCAGCACAACUGCACUACUACUGAUGCUCAGCAAAAGUAUAAAUCGAGAGCUGCCAGCCUGUAUAGGGAUAAGCUGGCCCAAGCUUCUGCUCAUGCCAUGAAACUCCAUGGAACCAAGUUAUACUUGGAGCCAGAUCCCGAACAAUUACAGCCAGAAGCAGCGCCCGAAUUAGAUUUUUUCAAGGAGCAUGAAACUUUAGAGCAGUCUGACAAUUUCUAUUCUGCCAAAACUAAGUUUGGAACAGAUCCGCCAGUAAAAUCUGAGCCAGCUCCUGCAGUUAGUGAGGAUACUGGAAAUACGUUGCCCUCCACAGCACCUACUACUCUAACCGGUACCACAGGGCCUAAUGUAACAGGCGUACUCUUACAAUCAGAUUCCAUUCCUCAUCAACCAGACCGUAAACCCACUAUUGGUGUCAGAAAAAUUCAGCCUAAACGAAGCGGGCUGGGAGCCAAGAAAAGUGGUGGAAUGGGAGCGCAAAGGGUGAAGACUAAUUUUGACGAAUUGGAAAGAAGUGUGGCUGAGGCAAGCCGUGAAUCACGAGAAAAGGAGAGUCGCGAGAAGGCUAAGGAUGAACAGGAGGCCAUUGACACACGCCUAGCUUAUCAAUAUGAGCACGAUCUGACGCUUCAGGCAAAAAAGGUAGAAGAAAGGACGAAGCGGAUGGAUCCUUCAAAAGCAGGGGAGGCUGAACGUCUAGGCAUGGGUUUUAACGCACGGCGAGGUGCUAGCCACUCUGCAGUCAGUGACAUGCGCACUAUAACUCAGGAGGGUGCUCCAGUUCCAUCUCGAAUGAUUUUGGCCAGUGAAAUGAGGUCUAGGGAACAAGAUAUUGAGAUGUUCUUCGAUAUCGAAGAUUUCACAUGCUCACCUGCUUAUGGAAAGCAGUCUAGUAACUUUGGCAGUUCGCGAAAUGAUGAUGUGAUAGUUGUUGCUGAAGCAGAUGUACCUCGGCGAUCGACACAGCAAACCAUUAAUAAGCCUCACACCGAAGAACGGGAGUCAAAUGAUUACGGUGGUGAAGCCCAGAAAAAGUUCGGCAGUGCUAAGGCUAUUAGUUCAGACCAGUACUUCCGCAAUAGUAAUGCCGAUGGAGAUGCGUGGGAACGUAAGAGUAACUUGCGUCGGUUUGAAGGAUCUUCCAGCAUUUCAUCAGCUGAUUAUUUUGGCGAUGGGUCUAGCCACGGUAAUGGACAAUCGAUGUCAUCUGGACCUAUGUCUUCUGGCGGUGGCAGAUCAGUGAGACAAGGAAGUGGUAGCGUAGAUUUGGAAGAAGUGAGGGAAAGCGUUCGUCAAGGAGUUAACAAAGUUGCAGGCAGGCUCAGUUCACUGGCCAGUGCUGCAGUAUCCUCCAUUCAGGAUAGAUAUGGAUACUAACUGAAAACUAUUCGUGUAAUUUUCAAUAACACGUAUUAUAAUUAUACUUAUUUUGACUAGGCAUUUCAAAUAUUGUUGAGACUUUUCCAAUCACUGUUGUACGGAAAUGUAAAUAAAAAUCUACUACUAACCA